CUCAUGGACCCCAGCGAGGACCCCGAGGACACGCUGCGCACACACCGGUCUCGGGAGAAGACCUUCAUCUUCGACACUGUUUUCGACCAGCACGCAUCACAGGAAGACGUGUAUCGUGCCACCACCCAGCACUUAGUGGAAGGUGUUGUUUCUGGAUACAACGCAACAGUGUUUGCUUAUGGCCCCUCAGGUGCAGGGAAGACCUACACCAUGUUGGGGAUGGACGCGGAGCCCGGGAUCUACCUGCAGACCCUCGCCGACCUCUUCCGGGCUAUCGAGGAGAUCCGUGACAGUGCAGACUGCAGCGUGUCCAUGUCCUACCUCGAGAUUUAUAAUGAAGUGAUCCGAGAUCUCCUGAACCCAUCCUCUGGGUUUCUGGACCUGAGGGAAGAUUCUAGGGGCAGCAUCCAGAUCGCAGGCAUCAUGGAGGUCUCUACCUCAAACGCCCAGGAGAUCAUGCAGCUGCUCACCAAAGGCAACCGGCAGCGCACGCAGGAGCCUACGGCCACCAAUAAGACGUCCUCUCGCUCCCACGCCGUGCUGCAGGUCACUGUGCGCCAGCGGAGCCGUGGCCCAGAUUUGGUGGAGGAAGUGCGUGUUGGGAAGCUCUUCAUGGUGGACCUGGCAGGCUCAGAGCGGGCAUCGCAGACCCAGAACCGCGGCAAGAGGAUGAAGGAGGGUGCCCACAUCAACCGCUCCCUGCUGGCACUGGGCAACUGCAUCAAUGCGCUCAGCGAGAAGGGCGGCAGCCGGGCGCAGUACGUGAACUUCCGAGACAGCAAGCUCACACGCCUGCUGAAGGAUGCCCUGGGAGGGAAUAGCCGGACCGUGAUGAUCGCACACAUCAGCCCAGCCAGCACGUACUUCGAGGAGUCUCGGACCACUCUGCUGUAUGCCUACAGGGCAAAGAACAUCAAGACAAGGGUGAAGCGCAAUCUGCUGAACGUGUCCUACCGCAUUGCACAGUAUACGGACGUCAUCUCUGACCUGCGCAGGGAGAUCGAGCACCUCAAGUCCAAAAUUGAGAAGCAGGACGGGGAGAAGAGAGUCAUGAUCCCCCCCAGUGAUGGAGAGGAGGAUAGCCGCCUGCAGAUGAACAAGAUCCGGGCACAGCUCAUCGGAGCCUUCAAGGAGCAAUUGGAGAUGCGGCGCAGCCUGGUGGAGCUGGAGAACACCAACAUCGAGCUGCAUGUUGACACGUCCCGCCACCUGCUCACCAUUGCAGACUGGGAGCGUGAGAAGACCCACCAGCAUGCACACAGGGACAGGACGUCAGAGAGGGACGAGGAGCCAGCAGAGGCUGAUGCAGACAGGGAUGAGGGCGAGUCUGUGGAGCCACACGAGGUGGCUCUGGCCAGAGAAGAGGUCAACAUGCUUUUGGCUGAGCAACGGAAAACUGCAGCCCUCAAGGCUGGGCUGGAGCAGCGCCUGGCCAAUGCCAAGAAGAAGGCCUCACAGCUGGAGAAGCUGCUGCCCACGCAGGUCAUCAGUGAGGACCAGCGGGAGGUGCUACGGCUGCUGUGCAGGGCCCACGAACUGGAGGUGGAGAACACAGAGCUGCAGGCCAACAAUCUGUGCCGGAGGAACCUCAUGUGCCAGAAGGACUUUGUGAUCCAGCGCUACCACCAGCACCGGCUGCUCUGUGAGCAGCUCAUCCAGGAUCAGUGGCAGCUGAUUCAGGGUGAGGCCGCCCCAUCCCAGCCCCAGAGGGACGAGGCACUGCUCAUGGUCGGGGACAGUCCCAGUCCCCAGUGGCCUGGGGGCGGGGGGGGACAGCAGUCAGCCUUCAGCCCUCCCCUGUCCCCGGGCCCCUGUGCCCGGUUAUGAAACCCUCUCCAGGUGUACGGGUAAGCGAGGAGUAGCCAAGCACAGUGUGCAAGGUGUGCUGCUUCAUGUGAGGGAUCCAGGCACAAGCACACACAUGGCAUGUAUGGCACAGACCAUACAGGGGGCAGUGAGGGU